AAAUCCAAAUUCCCAAAUCGAUGAACCAAGGGAGCGAAUCGAAGAUCCAAAUUCCAAACCCAGCCGUAAGCAACUUCCUUCCGUGAUCUCACUCACCGUCAUUUCUAGUUUCUUUUCGUCAUACUGAUCGCUAGCAUUAUGGAGUCCGAAAUCUCUCUCCUCGAAGUCGCCGGAGAAGACGAUUUUCUACUGCAACAGAUUCCGGAAGACGAUCUUUUGAACCUCGACAAGGAUACCGACCGAAUUACAGCGGGAAACAGCGGCUUCUUCUUGUGCUCGCCUCUCUUAACUGACAGAUCCAAUGGCACAGUUGCCGGUUCAUCUACUGCUUCUUCCACAGAUUGUACCGAUAAAGAAAAUAUUAAUGUGAACAAUUUAGAAGUGCCAAAGCUUAGUAUCAUGUCGCAACAAAUGAAGAAGAAGAAGAAGGCAGGAGGAUAUAAUUUGCGGAAAAGCUUAGCAUGGAAUAAAGCUUUCUUCACCGAAGAAGGUGUCUUGGAUUCCAUGGAGCUAUCAAUGAUCACUGGUAGUACCAGUACAUCUUGCGGUGAAGCAUUGGCAGCAAUCGACGAAGAAAUACCGGCGAUGCCUGGUGGUGGCUGUUAUAAUGAUUUGUCGUCGCAAGAUAAAUUAUUCACGGAUGCGUCAAUUAGUACUCCUAGCGCCGACAGAAAGAAUGGCCGUUGUUUGUUGCCAAAGCGUGGUUCAACAACUAAAGAUAACGUGAAGUCGAAGGAGCUAUCAACCAAAAAUUCCAAUCGGAGUGUUUCAAAACGUGGAAGCUGUCCGCGACCUGUGGCCUCAUCCUCUACCAAAAGGCCUACAACCUCGAAAGGAACAAAAACAGUGAACAAAGAAGAGAGAAUUUCGAGAGUUCUAGUUCCAAAACGUGAUCCUGCUGUUACUUCUUGGACUCCAAGGAAUGCUACUACACAUGCAAGUAACGCAAAGAAUAAUCAGGUUGCUCAAAGAGGAGUUGGAGUUGUAAACAAUCCAAAAAGGACUACGUUAAAGGGCUCGGCCAUCAAUACUAAAAGUGCAUUACAUAAGGACGUCAAUGCAAACAAAUCGUUGAAGGCUAAAACCUCAAUUCAACAACCGAGAAGAAAAUUGGCCAGCCCAGUAAUAAAAAUGAGUUCUUCUCAUUUACAAAACGAGUCCACUGAUUCAAAUGAGGAGUUAAAGGCGGCCUCAAAGUCAUUAAUUUCGAAAUUUAUUCCUUUCAACGAUGAUGGCACCAGAAAAGUCUCUGCUUCCAUUACUCAAAAUGCUCCCCCUACUGGUGGCAGCAUGCUUAGUCAAACCCAAAUGCCAAAGCCAUCAGGUUUGCGAAUGCCAUCACCAUCAAUGGGAUUCUUUGGCCAGAAAAAAGUUUCUUCGUUUCAAAACCUGGCACCAGCUACUUCUGAAACGCACGACCUUUCCAAAUCUUACAUUCCCAAUGUGAGAACAGCUGGUCCUUCAAACUAUACUUGUCAGUUGGCAGCACUAGCACCUACAAACUUUGUGAAGGCAAGCAACGGUGAGGCUUCUGGAGAAACCAACGUAGUCUCAUGCUUUAGUUCGGGUAUUUCAGUACAACCUGUUUCCCAUUAUAGAGCGAAGUCCAUCUCCGAAGCAGCUAACAUUCAUUUAGGGAAAGUGAAUGUUGUCGGCGCUUCUACGAUGAACAACGAUUUGAGCGCCCAUGGGCUGGAGAAACCCGAUCUUUUGUCCCUUUCUAAUCCCGUGUUACAAAAUUUUGGAGAUGUUUCUAGGAUACAUGAUGAGAUUAAAGUUCAAUUAGCAGAAUGCAAACCUCGUCAUCUGUCAUUUAACAACUUUGGUGAAUCUACCAAAUCACAUCUUGGUGAAAAGAACGGCUUGGGUUCACAAGGUUUACCAAGGGCUCUGUCAAAUGGUUCACAAGACUUCAACGAACCAUCUUCGGAGCAAGUUGAGUUUCCAAACUCUCCUAAAUGUAUACUUGAACGAAUUUCUUCUGAUUCUCAGAGGUCAGGGAUCGGGAGUUGUAAUUCACUUAAGAGAAGUAGAUCUUCGAUAGAUUUGGAACAUGGUGGUAGCUUUGAGGAAAAUAUUGGUAAUGGAUCCUGUGCAUUUGAGAAGGACGUGAAUGAAGGACAAGAUGAAACCUUGGGAACUCGUAGAAUGAGAAUAUUACGGACAAAAGAAGUAGAAUCAUCUGGCAUUGAUCACUGUAUAUCAAAUGAAUGCAAAAACACUAUACAAAGUACUUCCGCUUGGUCUAAUUCAGACUCUAUGCACAUUGAUGAUGAAAAGCCAACGAUUCCAAUGUCGAAUAGCAAAUCAUUGCAAAGGGAAGGUUCUUCGCUAACCUCCCAUCAUGAUUUUAAUUCUCAUGAGAAUGAGAUUUUGGCAGGAGUAAGCAAUGGAGUCGGUGAAAAUAAUUUGAAAAGUGAGAUUGAUCUUUGUUUAAUUCAGCAUUCAACAGCAGAUGCUUGCUUAGACAUUGGUCCCGUCGUCAGAAAUUGCAAUGAUCAUACAGAUGAGAUGGCAGACAUCAGCUCUAAUAUUGAGCAGAAUAACACAGACUUGGAAAUGAAAAGGAAUCUGGAUGAUUAUGGUGAUGUAGCAAUUGCCAGGAACACUGACGCGGCUGAAACAUUACCAUUAAAUCCAGACUUGUGUACAAGUGAUACAGAAAACCAACUGUAUGAAGCCCAAAUACAGAUUGGAUCAGAGCAAGUACCAAACGAAGAUCCACAAAAUUCCCAUGUUCAAUCAUCAGUUAAUGAUUUUAAUCAACUGCCUGGACUUCAAAAUCGUUGCACUGACCUAGUAGAUGUUUCCCAGAACAACCAUCAAGGGAAGUGCUCGAAUGAUGACCUGCACACAAGCAAUUCUGAAGAGUACAAAGAUGAAAUUAUCACUAAUGGUGUCAUUGAUUACACUAAUCAGGUGGCAUCACACAACAAUUUAGAGUUUCAGGAGAUAUCAGCGUCAGCAAGAAGUUCCAAGCAUUCAACUGCUAACUCAUCCGAGCAUACUGAAACGUGUAGUACAUGCGACGACAAUGCGCAAUCAAUGCAGCAGCUAACAAAGUCUGAGGAUGUCAGGAAGCAAGGAGGUAGAACUGAAACAAAUGCUGUUCCUUUUUCUGAAGAAUGGUUGGCUGCAAUUGAAGCUGCUGGAGAGGAUAUUCUGACCAUGAAAACCGGCGCUGUAAAAAACUCACCUCCCGACAAGUCUCAACCAGAACCAGGUCCAUGGUCCCCGGUGAAACGGAAAAAUAAUCAAGGGAUCGGACCAUUUGACUGUACAAAAUGCACUAUCACGAGCCAAGUGGAUGAAUCCUGUUAACCAGAUAACUUCCUUUCAU